CUCUCUCUUUCUCUCCUCAAGAUUUCGAAUGUGGUUCAGGAUCCUUGAUAGGCGAGUCACCAUCGGCUCGUGGUAGCAGAUGGAGCGAGAGCAGCAAGCACAGUCGACUGCAUUUAAACGCCGAGCGCCUUGACCUCUGCGACGCAUCACUACACCGCCAGCUCCAACUCGCCCCACCUCGCUGACCCCUCGACCACCACUACUACUACUACUACUACUACUAUCGUCAGCCGCUCGCCCUGCAGCUUUCGCAAGCGCUUCAUAUGCUCGUCCCGAUACCAGUAGCGACAAGAGCAAGAGUGACAGCAACAGCAACAGCAACAGCAACAGCAACAGCAAGAAGCGUCAAUCACCAGCACGAAGCGUCAGCACCAUGUCGAACCCGAGCGAGCGCACUCGCCUCCUUGCUCCUUCGCAGCAAGCCGCACCAUCCGCCUCCCCCCAUGACACCAUCGUGACUGAUGAGGAAGCGCGACAAGCUUCGUUGGCUGCUCGCAUCGAGGCUGUGAAAGAGUCUGUGCCCAGGUCUCAGCUAUACACCUCGCUCGUCUGCCUCUUUUCAUCCGUGACGCUGGUCGGUCUGGACACUACGCUGGUGACCACGCUCGGCGGCUACAUCUCAAGCAGCUUCGAUGCUGCAGAGUAUUUGCCAUGGAUCGGCUUGAGCUACAUGCUCACCAACUGCGCAUGCGCACCUCUGUACGGUCGACUCGCAGACGUCAUUGGCAGAAAGCAGGCGCUGCUCAUGGGCGUCGCAUUCUUCACUGCAGGAACGGCCAUGUGCGCCGUUGCCCCUUCCAUGAUUCUCCUCGUCUUUGCCCGCGCUUUGGCUGGCAUGGGUGGAGGUGGUAUCGCUGCGUGCAUGAGCAUCGUGCUCACAGACUUGGUACCGAAUCGCAGCCGUGGCCUAUACCAAGGCGUUGCUCAGCUGGUCUUCUCGAUCGGCACAGCUUCAGGCGGACCGUUGGGAGGCUUGCUAGCAGAGACGCUCGGAUGGCGUUGGUCUUUCUUGUCUCAGGUCCCUUUGCUCUUGACUGCAUACAUCACCAUCGUCUUCAUGCUUCAUCUACCAAAACUACCAAAGGAGGAGGAUGAGCCCGAGGCGGUUGCACAGACUGCUCCGAUGGCCACCAAUGACCAAGCUCGCUCCGACGAUUCCGGCGAGGCGAGGACUGCACCACCUCACGCAGAGGUCCAGACCGUGCCUCUGUGGAAAUUGCUCGAUCUGCCCGGCACCCUCCUCUUGAUCAUCAGCUUGCUCUGCCUCAUCUCGGGUCUCACGCUCAUCUCCUCUUCUAGAUUGCCAAUUUCCGAUCCGAAAGUCAUCGCCUGCUUGGUCAGCUUUGCUGUUCUGACGGCCGUCUUUCUGUCGUAUGAAGGAACGGUAGCAAAGCGCACAGGAGCUGUGAUCCCCAUGCGACUCUUCAACAACCGCACCGUGAUCUGUGCUGCAGGCUACUAUCUAACUUCAAAUUUUGCCUUUCAAGGCUUCAUCUUUCACAUGCCAAUCUACUUUCAAGCUGGUCGUUUGUACACCUCGACUAAGACUGGCCUGCAGAUGCUUCCCUUCUCCAUCAAUACCGCCGUCAGCGCUCUAUUCGCAGGCUUCUAUCUGCGCAAGACUGGUCGCUACUGGAACUUGCUGCAGAUCUGCAACCUGAUCACCAUCGCGACCCUAGCCUCCUACACGACUUUUGACAUCAACACGUCUGAUGUAAAGCUCUACGCCAGCAUCAUACCCAAUGGCAUCGGUGCAGCGUCCUUUACCAUCGUGCUUGUCGCUUUGACCACUGCGCUGCCGCACCGCGAUCAAGCUUCCGCCCAAGGGCUGAUGUUUUUUUGCAGAGGGCUUGGAAGCGUUUUGGGUCUGGGCAUAUCGGGAGCGCUGUUCCAGGAUCGAGUAGCGAAUGAGCUUGGCGCGCGUAUCCGAGGUCCAGGAAGCGCCGAGAUCAUCGAGAAGUUGAGACGAGACAUCUUGUUUAUCCGCAAGCUGGAUCCCGUGACGCAACUGCAGGCGCGCGAAAGCUUCAUUCUAGCUUUCCAAACCGUUGCGCGCGCCUCCACGGCAGCCUUCGCAUGCUGCUUCAUCCUGGCCCUGUGGUUGCCGGAGCACACCAUCAAUAAGACCCAGAAGCCUGAUGCGGAGCAACAACCAGAUGAAGCAACAGCGCCCGCUGCAACAUCCACGAACGGAAGACAGGAAGGCAGUCCAGCUUGAUCUGAUCCUUUCCUCACGCCUGUUUUGAGUGGUGAAGACGAAGAUCUGCUUGUUUGGUGAUCUGGACCUCGAGGGUGAUGGAUGCGCAAGUGCUGCAAUAGACGUUCUGCUGCUUCUAUUCCGAGCGGAUGCGCAAUGCGAUGUGCCUCAAAGUGCUGUGGAUAGCUACGACUUGCAAUGCUACACUUCACGCG